UCUCAACAUUAAAAAUAUAAGGGGCUUAUAUAUGGUGACAGUACGUAACAUGAUGCAAGGUAAAAGAUGCCAUCGCUGAAAUUAUAUUGGACGUAGAAGGCGGCCGAGGAGGUAUAGGGAGCGAAAGGGGAACUGAAAGCCUCCACUCCAACGAUGAAUGGGAUCGAACGGGUAUUAUAAAUCACGACUAUUAAUCCUUCGACGACGACGUCCUCUUGCUGUUUCUUUUCGUUUCGAUUCACUGCAAUAUCAGGACGACUUUAUUCGUACUUUAAACUGUAUCAAGUCUGACAUGAAUAGCACCAAUUUCAAUUUGUCCUAG